ACUAUUCAUAUUUGUGAACCUAAAAAUAAAUUACAUGCCAAUAAAUAUCAAGUAUAGUAAAAAAGGAACUAGUUAGUUUUUGCUUUUUGAAAACGAAUUCCGAGCGGACAAUGAGCUUUGCUCUUAAAUUGGGUUCAUCAAUCGGUUAUUUUCACCGUACGAUAUUAGCUCGUAACAUAAUUCAAAGAAAAAGUCAUGUUGUAUCUUACCGUAAUGGCCCCCCUCCCCACUCAAAGGCAACUAAAAUUGGUUCUGUAACUGUUGGUGGAGCUAUGUGGUGGUGGGUAAUCUGGCACUUAUGGCAUGAACCUGACCAUAUAACGGGGGAAUUCGAUUAUCCCAACUCAAAGAAAUGGAAAAACACAGAGUUGGGUAUUCCAAAGGAUGACCUUUAAACAUUAUAUGUUCAAGCUUACCCUAUAAAUAUUGAUUAAAAUGCGAUAUUUAGCCAUGUAGUUACAUUAUUCUGCUCGGAUUAUUUGUUGCGUAAUACUAUGUUUAACAUACCCAAAUUCAUUUUUUUCACAAAAUAUAUGUAUGUUAGUGCCCCUUGAGCAAACAUCUUUGAUGAGAUAUA